AUGGGAAGAGAGAACUUUAUCCGACAAAUCGAAAACUCUGUCGAGUUCAAACUCCUCGACAGAGUCGUCAAAGAAGAAGUCACAGUGGAAGAUGCAGUCCAAGAAGUCAUCAACAUGACCAUGACUGCGUUAUCUAUCCACGGCCCAGAUAAACAAGGCGGCAUCGGCCUGCCAGACUACAACGUGUCUCUCGCGGUUAUGGAACUCACUCAACGCCUCAAGCCAUCCAAACACAGCAAGCUUGUUGAGUUUGUAUCUCAUCUUCAGAAGCAGGUUGCCGUUGACCCAUCCACGGAUAAACCCCUCAAGGUUCAGGGCGAUACCCUCUGGACCGACAUGCCGUCCUUUGGCUACACAGAGCUGGAGACGUGGUAUGAGUUUGGCGACCCCUGUGAUGCAAUGCUGGAUUCAGAGCAACGCGAUCGCUGGGCAAAGCUCAAUGCUUUCCUCGCGCGGCUCACUCAGGCCGCAGAAAUUCAAUAUACACCUCCUGAAGAAGUGAGAUUCUCUCCCUUGGAUAAAUCACUACGGGCCAUCUGGACCAUGGCUAUGGCGCUUGAGAAUGAGCGCUCUCCUGCCUCUCUGGGGGAUACGGCGGCGAUGGAGGCCGCAUGCUGGUGGUUCAUCUACGCCGCGGAGCGGCUGUGGGCGAAUGUGCUUCAUAAUCGCACGUAUGUUCAGGAGGCUGGCGCUGGGCCGGGGAAGAAGUAUAAAGAGAAGGGCUGGACGGGGUAUACACGGGAGCGAUGGGAAAUUUGGGAGGAUGCUCUCAAGGAGGCCAGGGCUGCAUGCCAAAAUGAGCGGAUGGGGGAGUUGAUUGAUGAUGCUUUGGCGAGUCUGAGGAGGGUGAUGGUAGAUCAAUAG